AUGUCGUGUCCUCCUCUUUCCUUUUCGCACGGGGAGAGCAGCAGCCAGGGAGUCGGGGCUGGGCAGUCGCUUUGUCGCGUCUCCGCGGCGGGCGACAGAGUUGUCCUUGCUCGCCACGGGCAGAGGCUGUUGCGUUUGUCCUGCUUGGCGGACGCGCCGCGUUAUGCUGCUUGUCUCCGUCACCAGUGGCUGAUGCCGUUCGCAAACUCUUCUUCAUUGGCAUAUAUUUUUGUUUUCAGGUGUGGAAACGUCAAUUUUGCCAGAAGAACUAGCUGUAACAGAUGUGGCAGAGAAAAAACAACAGAAGCCAAAAUGAUGAAAGCUGGAGGGACUGAAAUAGGAAAGACGCUUGCUGAAAAGAGUCGGGGUCUCUUCAGUGCUAAUGACUGGCAGUGUAAAACAUGUGGUAAUGUGAACUGGGCCAGAAGAUCAGAAUGUAAUAUGUGUAAUACUCCUAAGUAUGCUAAACUGGAGGAAAGGACAGGAUAUGGAGGAGGAUUUAAUGAACGAGAGAAUGUUGAAUAUAUAGAACGUGAAGAAUCAGAUGGGGAGUAUGAUGAGUUUGGUCGCAAAAAGAAAAAGUAUAGAGGGAAGCCGGUUGGUCCUGCAUCUAUCUUGAAGGAAGUAGAAGAUAAAGAAUCUGAAGGGGAAGAUGAGGAGGAUGAGGAUGAAGAUCUUUCCAAAUAUAAAUUGGAUGAGGAUGAGGAUGAAGAUGAUGCUGACCUUUCAAAAUAUAAUCUUGAUGCUAGUGAAGAAGAGGACACUAAUAAGAAAAAGAAAUCCAAUAGACGCAGUCGUUCUAAGUCUCGAUCUUCCCACUCACGAUCUUCAUCACGCUCAUCCUCCCAUUCAAGCUCAAGGUCUAGGUCCAGGUCCCAUUCAAGAAGUUCUUCCAGUUCCAGAUCAAGAUCUCGUUCCAGCUCCAGAGAACAUUCUAGAUCUCGGGGGUCGAAAUCAAGAUCCAGCUCCAGGUCCUACAGGGGGUCUUCAACCCCAAGAAAAAGAUCUUACUCAAGCUCUCGUUCAUCAUCUUCCCCUGAGAGAAGCAGGAAGCGAAGUCGUUCUAGAUCUUCUUCAUCUGGUGAUCACAAAAAAAGACGAUCGAGAUCACGGUCACCCGAAAGACGCCGCAGAUCGUCAUCUGGAUCUUCCCAUUCUGGUUCCCGUACAAGUUCUAAAAAGAAAUAAUGUAUUAAAGCUCACAUUUGG